AUGACUAAAUUAAAUCCUAUAUUAGAAAACUUACAAAAUAAAGUAGUCCAAGAACUACCCAUUAAAUCUAUCUAUGCCCAAAAUGAUUUUGCUGUAUUUGACAAAGGAGCCUCCGAGUUCUAUGGCUCCGAAGAUGAAUUUAUUACCGACCAACCUCUUGAAGGAUUAGGAAUAAUCAUGGAUGAAGUCUUUUAUACUAUUUACAACAGCAAAAAGAUGAAACAAGCCUUACAAGGUCCAGCCCAACAAUCAGCCUUAACGGAUAGACUAAUCGAUAGCAUGAAAACUAAGGCUAUUACAGCUUUAAAUAAGAAAAUAGUAGAAAUCAUCUCUGAUAAAGAUAAUUACAAAGAUACAGCCUAUAAUGGUAUGGAUGAAAUCUCCACCUCUUACAAUAAAGGUUAUCAAAAACCAGUGAGAGACAGUGAAUUAAAUCCUCACAAAAUCUUUAAGUCAGUUAUUCCAAAAAAGUUAAAAAACAAUGUCCUAGUUACUAUCCAUGAUGAAAAAUCAGUAGUCUACCGAAUUAUCAACCCCGAAGAAAUUCAACACGAGAAAACCUUAGGAGGAGGAAUGGAAAAGUUUGCUUAUCAUGUAGAGGUAGUAGGGGGCAUGAUACCGUUUACUAACUCCUGGGCUUUGUAUCAACAAGUCCAAGAAAAAAAUAAUCUUUUAGAACAGAAAAUUGAGGAUUUAGGAAAACAAUUAAUCUCUUUGGCUAAACAAAAACUAACUAAUCAAAAAGAAGCCAAGAAAGAAUUAAUGAAUUAUGAGGAACAGUUUAAAAAUGAGAAAAAUAAAAAUCAAACUUUAAAGCAAGAAAAUCAAGCCCUUAUUCAGUUAAACCAGGAACAAUUAAAGAAAAUCAAUCUCUUAUUUGACCCCGAAGCCAAAUAUUUUACUGAACCCAUUGAUUUUAGUG